UUUACAUUUGGCCUCAUCGUUUACUAGGCCCACUUUUACGGAGACCCCGUAGAUUGUCAUGCACAAAGUAAGGAGCAAGUUAGGGAAACUUCAAAAUCUUACAGGUGAAGGUGUAAGCAGCAGUCUCUCCCAGGGUGAUUUAGAGGAAAAUGGUCUUCAGGGAAUACAACUGCGCAGUUAUCAACUGGAGGGAGUGCGAUGGAUGAAGCGUUCUUUGGAAAAUGGACAAGGAUGCAUUCUUGCAGAUGAAAUGGGUCUUGGCAAAACUAUACAGGUUUGAAAUAAUCCAUACUAUCAACCUACUUGAAAAAAUUUUCGUAAAGCACCAUAGAAUUCUUAAACAAGGCCCUGGUCCCAAAGGUAAUCUAUAAUUGUUUUCGCUAUGGUUAUCUUUAUUCAAGAAUUGUAGGCAUAAUUAAUUGCAUUAUGGGGAUGUGCGGAAAACUUACCGUUAUUUUGUCAUUGAAGAAUGCUGGUAAAAAUUUGGUUACAAGCGUGGAAAAAAGAAGAAAUUCGAGUCCUUACAUAAAAUUUUGAAGACAUCAGUUUUGUUCUUGAGUCAGCAAGAGAGCCUCAAGGUGUUCAUUGGUGAGUUGGCCCAAGUACAAGCUCCUUUACCAAUAUCAGCGAAGGACACUUCGAAAUACGUGAUAAAAAAUUUUUAAAUGCUAUCCUUACCAUGGUAUCUUUUAUGGUAAAAUUGCAGGGGCAGUGCAAGCACAUCCUUAUGUUUUUUGGGUUUUAGACUAAAACAAGUUACCUUCUGCAUUAAAAAAAAGAAAACUCUUGUCUACUUUCUUUGGUUUUUAGACUAUUGCUCUUUUGAUCUAUCUCCAAGGGGUAAACAAUUGCCCAGGGCCAUUUCUCAUAGUGUGUCCAUUAUCUGUUUUGCAAAACUGGCAAAAUGAAUUCUCAAGGUCAGUGAAGACAACUUGUAUUAAUUUUGGUGGUAGUUUAUGAUUUUGGAUUUUAUUUAUAAAGACUAUCAGUUUAUCAAGAGAGAAUGGUUUCCCAACCUAAAAUUUUUUUUGGUUAAGAAUUUAAAACAACUUGGAAUUGUGCAGUUGCUCAGCAACAUUGCAAUUAACUCAGAUAUGGCUAUGUUAUUCAAAUGGGCCGAUUUUUCAUUUUCAGGGGAGUAGAGGUAGGCGCAAGUCAAGUAAUGCUCUUCCCCUCUGUACUGACUUAUGCAUUCUGCUUACUAUGCACACAUUACCUUACAAUGCACACCUUACUUUACUAUGCACACCUUACCUUACUAUGCACACCUUACCUUACUAUGCUCACCUUACCUUACUAUGCACACCUUACCUUAUUAUGCAUACCUUACCCUAUUAUGCACACCUUACCUUACUAUGCACACCUUACCUAACUAUGCACACCUUACCUUGCUAUGCUCACCCUACCUUACUAUGCACACAUUACCUUACAAUGCACACCUUACUUUACUAUGCACACCUUACCUUACUAUGCACACCUUACCUUACUAUGCUCACCUUACCUUACUAUGCAAACCUAACUUUACCAUGCACACCUUACCUUACUAUGCACACUUAACCUUACUAUGCACACCUUACCUUACUAUGCUCACCUUACCUUACUAUGCAAACCUAACUUUACCAUGCACACCUUACCUUACUAUGCACACUUAACCUUACUAUGCACACCUUACCUUAUUAUGCAUACCUUACCCUAUUAUGCACAACUUACCUUACUAUGCUCACCUUACCUUACUAUGCACACCUUACCUUACUAUGCUCACCCUACCUUACUAUGCACACAUUACCUUACAAUGCACACCUUACUUUACUAUGCACACCUUACCUUACUAUGCACACAUUACCUUACAAUGCACACUUUACUUUACUCUGCACACCUUACCUUACUAUGCACACCUUACCUUACUAUGCACACCUUACCUUACUAUGCUCACCUUACCUUACUAUGCAAACCUAACUUUACCAUGCACACCUUACCUUACUAUGCACACCUUACCUAACUAUGUACAUGUUACCUUACUAUGCAAACCUAACUUUACCAUGCAUACCUUACCUUACUAUGCACACCUUACCUUACUAUGUAUACCUUACCUCGGUAUGCACACCUUACCUUACUAUGCACAUCUUACAUUACUAUGCAUACCUAACCUAACUAUGUUCACCUUACCUUACUAUGCUCACCCUACCUUACUAUGCACUCCUUACCUUACUAUGCAUACCUUACCUUAUUAUGCAUACCUUACCUAACUAUGUUCACCUUACCUUACUAUGCUUAACUUACCUUAUUAUGUUCACCCUACCUUACUAUGCACACCUUACCUUAUUAUGCAUACCUUACCCUAUUAUGCACACCUUACCUUACUAUGCACACCUUACCUUAUUAUGCACACCUUACCUUACUAUGCACACCUUACCUUACUGUGCAUACCUUACCUUACUAUGCACACCUUACCUUACUAUGCACACCUUACCUUACUAUGCACACCUUACCUUACUGUGCACACCUUACCUUACUAUGCACACCUUACCUUACUAUGCACACCUUACCUUACUAUGCACACCUUACCUUACUAUGCACACCUUACCUUACUAUGCACACCUUACCUUACUAUGCACACCUUACCUUACUGUGCACACCUUACCUUACUGUGCACACCUUACCUUACUGUGCACACCUUACCUUACUGUGCACACCUUACCUUACUAUGCACACCUUACCUUACUGUGCACACCUUACCUUACUGUGCACACCUUACCUUACUAUGCACACCUUACCUUACUGUGCACACCUUACCUUACUGUGCACACCUUACCUUACUGUGCACUUUUACCUUACUGUGCACACCUUACCUUACUGUGCACACCUUACCUUACUGUGCACACCUUACCGUACUGUGCACACCUUACCGUACUGUGCACACCUUACCGUACUGUGCACACCUUACCGUACUGUGCACACCUUACCUUACUGUGCACACCUUACCUUACUGUGCACACCUUACCUUACUGUGCUCACCUUACCUUACGAUGCAAACCUAACUUUACCAUGCACACCUUACCUUACUAUGCACACCUUACCUAACUAUGUACAUGUUACCUUACUAUGCAAACCUAACUUUACCAUGCAUACCUUACCUUACUAUGCACACCUUACCUUACUAUGUAUACCUUACCUUGGUAUGCACACCUUACCUUACUAUGCACGUCUUACAUUACUAUGCAUACCUAACCUAACUAUGUUCACCUUACCUUACUAUGCUCACCCUACCUUGCUAUGCACUCCUUACCUUACUAUGCAUACCUUACCUUAUUAUGCAUACCUUACCUAACUAUGUUCACCUUACCUUACUAUGCUUAACUUACCUUUUUAUGUUCACCCUACUUUACUACGCACACCUUACCUUAUUAUGCAUACCUUACCCUAUUAUGCACACCUUACCUUACUAUGCACACCUUACCUUAUUAUGCACACCUUACCUUACUAUGCACACCUUACCUUACUAUGCACACCUUACCUUACUAUGCACACCUUACCUUACUAUGCACACCUUACCUUACUAUGCACACCUUACCUUACUAUGCACACCUUACCUUACUAUGCACACCUUACCUUACUAUGCUCACCUUACCUUACCAUGCAAACCUUACUUUACCAUGCACACCUUACCUUACUAUGCACACCUUACCUUACUAUGCACACCUUACCUUACUAUGCACACCUUACCUUACUGUGCACACCUUACCUUACUAUACACACCUUACCUUACUAUGCACACCUUACCUUACUGUGCAUACCUUACCUUACUAUACACACCUUACCUUACUAUGCACACCUUACCUUACUAUACACACCUUACCUUACUAUACACACCUUACCUUACUAUACACACCUUACCUUACUAUGCACACCUUACCUUACUGUGCACACCUUACCUUACUGUGCACACCUUACCUUACUGUGCACACCUUACCUUACUGUGCACACCUUACCUUACUGUGCACACCUUACCUUACUAUACACACCUUACCUUACUAUGCACACCUUACCUUACUGUGCACACCUUACCUUACUGUGCACACCUUACCUUACUGUGCACACCUUACCUUACUGUGCACACCUUACCUUACUGUGCACACCUUACCUUACUGUGCACACCUUACCUUACUGUGCACACCUUACCUUACUGUGCACACCUUACCUUACUGUGCACACCUUACCUUACUGUGCACACCUUACCUUACUGUGCACACCUUACCUUACUGUGCACACCUUACCUUACUGUGCACACCUUACCUUACUGUGCACACCUUACCUUACUGUGCACACCUUACCUUACUGUGCACACCUUACCUUACUGUGCACACCUUACCUUACUGUGCACACCUUACCUUACUGUGCACACCUUACCUUACUGUGCAUACCUUACCUUACCUUCUCCAUUUGCCUGAAUAUCAAAAAUUAUAGCACCUCUUUUCAGGCUAUGUUUGCAAUAAUAUAACAACAUUUGAGAAGUAAAUUGUUUUGCAUUUUUGCUUUGAAAAAAACUAUGAUCUUUAAUGGCCCUCUCUCCUGUCCCAUCUGAGGCAACAAUAGUAUAUUUCUCCUAAUAACCACUCACCCCCUUGGCCAUAAUUUCAAACAGCCCCCCUCCUCCCUCACUUUCUUAAAUAGGAAGGAUACAAGGAAAAUUUGUUUCUAUUGCCAUCUUAUUUGUAACUUUUUAAGUAGAAUCAGUAUAGGACAACAGUUUCUUUCCCACCCCAGUAGUCUCUAUUUCUCAUGGGCUUUUUUAGUUCCUCUAUAUGUGUUAUCUGUGAUUUUAUUUUAAUGUCCUAUUCAGGAAUGUAGCUAAAGUUUUUAACAGGUAGGAAUCUUGCAAUGAUAGGCAGGUAUUUGGGCCAAUUAGGCCCACUCUAGUGUGCCUUUGGCACGCUAUAUCUAGAUUUGAAGGUGUAAACAAAUGAAAUAAAUAAAUAAAUAACAAUAUUCUGAAAACAUUUAAAAACAUUUUGGAGAAAGAAGUAGUGCUUCACAGCCGGAAAAAUCGCGUUCACAGCCGGGUAAUUUUCCUGGCUUCUAGCUAUUAUCUACAUCCCUGCCUCUUGCUGUGCCAACGAAAUAAGUACCCCUCUCCGAUAAGCAUCCUCCUUCCAAUAAGUGCUUCCUCAACCCCCUUUCAGCCAAAAUUUUAAAUAAGUGCACAGGCAGUUAUUUCAGGAAAUAAGGUGUGUGCAUUUUGUUGUUUGUUUUUCUUAACUGUUGUCAUGUCUAGUAAUGAUGGUGCUUGCUGUUUAUAAAAGUCAUGUAAGGCAGUGCUUUUCAAAUGCAGAUUUUCUAGGCAUCAAGUUGUGCUGAGCUUCAUUGGUGAUAAAGAUGAGCGAGAAGAAAUAAAGAAUUCAGUCAGAAUUGGGGUCAAAUCUCAGGUAUUGUAAUCAUUCAGUACUUUUAAAAAUAGGAUUGAUGUGAUUCUAUUAAAUUUUCUAGAAAAUUAAUUAAAACUUCUAAUUUUCUACCAAAUUCCCCCAAAACCAUUUUCUUUUCAGGUUUAGAUGACAAUGAUAUACAAAAUUUACACUCUUCAAAGCCUAUAAGGCAGCAUUUUAUAGAGAUGAGGAGGUAUUAAAUGUACUGAGAGUAAUAUCCUCCAACCCCUCUGGUCCAGGUCAUAUCUUGAAUGAGUGUCAUGAAUUCCCAAUGAGAUGAUCAUGUUGUGUGUGUUCACUCUAAUUUAAAGACUAAUUUGUAAGUGUAUGGCUUAGGGAAUUUACUGUACUUUUGAUUGGCUUGACAAUGUCAUUUGGUGAUAUUAAUGAUUUAUUUUGUGUGGGAUUUUUAUCUUUCAGAAUGCUGUCCAUAGAAAUGAGUCUCUUUCAUUUCAUGUCCUUCUUACCACAUAUGAAGUAUGUUACAUACUGAUAAUUAAUUAAUUAAUUAGGUUAUAAUAUCAUUGUUACUUAAUAAUUAUCUGGCACAGGAAAUAUGUAUCAAUAUAUGUAGUGCUUAAAAUAAAAUAUUGAGUGCUUUUGAUCAUUUAAUGUUAAAAGGGCACUAUAUUAAGUUUUAAAAUUAUUUAGUAUUAUUAUCAUUAUGAUCAAUAAUGGUAGUUGAUAGAUUUCAUUUAAUAUAAAAAUAUGGAGAUAUGUAUAUGUGACUUGUACCAAAGUUUAUAUACAUGUGAGUGAAUGUAAAGUAUUUAUGGUGUUUCACUAACUUUGAUUUUUCAUGAUUUGUAUUGCAUUUGUCGUUAUGAUAAUUAUAACACAGAGGAAAAGUGAGAUCAAACUAAGUUGAAAAAUGACAAACCAAGAAAAAUAUCAACCACACUGUACACAUUGUACCAUAAUAUGUGUUUUGGUUUAUCUUUUACUGGCAGAUGUGUUUGCGGGAAACAACUUUCCUUUCAAAGUAAGACUGUUAUAUAUUUAAAAUAAUUUGUUUGAUUGAACUAAUUGCAAAUAUUCCUACUCUAAAGAUUACAUGAAUUUGCCAACAAAUUCAAAACAUGUUACAAUUUUAGUAGUAAACUGUGGUAAUACCCCACAGAUUCCACUGGAAAGCAAUGAUAGUGGAUGAGGCUCAUAGAUUGAAGAAUCCCAGGUCUUCUCUUUAUCAAGAAUUGUCUCAGGUUUGUGUUGAUUGAGGAUGAAUACUAGUUGAAUAUUUUUGUGCAUCCACUGCAUUCACAUACAGUUUCUAUCAGUGGGUCUGAUUUUAUCAAAUUAUACUGACUGAAAUUUAAAUAUUUUGAUUCAAAUGACACCAUGAUCAAUGCUUCAAAUGAAAUCAAAACUAGAGAAAAAUUUGUUUGUAGUCACAUAUGCUCUGACUGAUAACACCCCUUCACUUCUACAAUUUCAAGGUUAAUUCUCCAACUAUGAUCUGAUACUUAAUUCUUUCCUAUGAAGACCACAUACCUGUAGCCAUUUCUUAGUACUGAAUGUUUUGUCAAGGUAACAUCUCUUGAUUGAUAAUUCUCAUUCCUGGUCUCCUCAACAGUGUAAUUAAAUUGCAGUGAUAAUAGUAACACUGAUCUUUAUAUGGGAUAUAAGGUUGAACUGCUCCUUUUUAAUCUUUUUUUUUUUAGUUUGAAAAAGACUUUGUGGUUUUGCUCACAGGAACACCAGUACAGAACAACUUGAAUGAAGCAAGUUAAUUUUCAAUUUAUUAAGAUUUAGAUCAUUAACUUUCACUGAAUGUGUCCCAGAAAUUGAGUUGAACCUUAGUUAUAUCAUAAUAUUACUCAGUUAUUGCAUUGAUUUUGAUUUUUAUGCAAUAGUUUUGACUGGAUGCAAAUGCUUUUUGCUUUAUCUUAAUAAGAAAAACUUUCCUGACGAAUUAAUAUGUGGGUAGAUUCAUUUUCAUAUGACAAUGCUCUAAUUACAUGUGGUUUGUUUUAUCUGUUAGCUGUAUUCCUUGCUCUCAUUUGUGAGCCCUGACAUCUUCACCCUUGAUGCUGUAGAGGAAUUUGUGGAGCAGUUUACAGAUGUUGACAACUCAGGUACUAUACUGGGGAUAUGUUUAUUUGGUAACCUUUACCAAUUGGUGGAAAUGUUGUUAAAUAUUAGAGUUAAGUUGGAGACUCACCCAAAUAAUACUAGUGUCAAGUUUCCUUUUACUGUGGAUUGAGUUUGUUUCUGGUUCUCUUCCUUGCUCUGAAUGUCUUUAUGUGGGUUUGACCUUGGUUUGCCGCUCUCUGAAAAAAUCAAUAAUCCAAAUUCAACUUCCAGGCCUAGAAAGAAUGAACAAAAAGAGCCACCUUGUGGAAUGUCCACUGCUAAAUUCCCAUUCCCAUGUUUAGUCCACUACUAAAUUCCCAUUAAUAAUAAUAAUAAUAUUAUUAUAAUUGUUAUUGUUAUUGUUGUUGCUGUUGCUGUUGCUGUUGCUGUUGCUGUUGCUGUUGCUGUUGCUGCUGCUGCUGCUGCUGGUGUUGUUGUUGUUGUUAUUAUUAUUAUUAAGUUAUGGUGACUUAUCUUUGUGCUGCAUUUUUGUCAGUCCUGCUACCAUUGCCUUACUUAUCAUCAUUAUAUACUGCCAAAAAACAAAAAUAAUGUUUUAAAAUGACAUUUUAAGUUGAUUAUGGUAGUACUACUCAUGAUUUCAGACACAAGUACAGAGUUACAGAAUAUUUUAUCUCCAUUUUUGUUACGUCGAGUUAAGUCCGAGGUGAGUGACAUUCACUUGAAGGUAAAAAUACUCCAUUUUAGAUAUUUAUGAAUGAAUAACCUCUGACACUUUUUAAGUUUCAACCAAAGAAAGCAAAAAUAGUUUAUGCCAAAUAAUUUCAUGAAGUUAUGUCUACUUUAUAACUUCUUGUUGGACUUAAUUUCCUUGAACAUACUGUGAUGUGAAUUUUCUAGUUCAAAAUUGAGAUGAAAUUCUAUUACUAAUGGUUAUAUGUCUGUAAAAAAAUGUAAGAUAAUCACAUAAUUUGAUGAUAAAUGACAUUUUCAUUAUCAGUGUUUUUCUCAUUGAAGGUGAUGGCACAUUUACCAAGAAAGACUGAGGUGAGAAGUGCAUUCUACAAAUUUAAUUUUUUUUUAAUGAAAGAUGUCAGUACUAGAAAAAAUUUUUGUUUUGUUUUGCAAGUGGGUGAGAUCAAGAUAUUUCUUUUGAAGGAUGCUUUUCAUAACAUUAUAUUUACCAUUUUUUUGGGAUGA